AUGCAAAAGGGAACAUUGUUAAUGGAUAGCAGCACCAUUGAUCCUUCUGUAUCACAAGAAAUUGCUACCAAAGCUGAGGAGCUGGGAGCUUCUUUUGUGGACUCUCCUGUGUCUGGAGGAGUAAAUGCUGCUAAAGAUAGACUAUUGACUUUUAUGGUUGGUGGCAAGGAGUCUGCAUUUGCUGAGGCUAAAGUCUACCUUGAUAUGAUGGGCAAAAAUGUUAUCCACUGUGGAGCUGUAGGUACUGGGCAGGCUGCCAAAAUUUGCAACAAUAUGCUACUUGCAAUCAGCAUGAUAGGAACAUCGGAAGCAAUGAAUUUAGGCAUAAAGCUUGGCCUGGACGCAAAGAUGUUAGCACAUAUUUUGAAUGUUAGUUCUGGUCGGUGUUGGUCAAGUGAAAUCUAUAACCCAGUGCCCGGUGUCAAAGAAGGUGUGCCAUCCAGCAAUGAUUAUAAAGGGGGCUUUGGUACAGCCCUUAUGACAAAGGACUUGGGGCUUGCCCAGAAUGCUGCCAUUAACACAAAGAGUCCCACUCCUCUUGGAAGCCUCUGCCUACACUUAUAUCGGAUUAUGUGCAACACUGGAUUUGCAGAGAAAGAUUUCUCAUCAGCUUUUAAAUUUUUACAGGAAAUGGAAAAUCGAAAUUUCCCUUGA